AUGGCCAGCAAUAUGGCUUUAAAAAGCAGUAAAAUAAUUUUUGCUACUAUUACUGUAAACUCUCAUUAUCUCAGAUUUCGGAUAUUCGGAUUUCCUAAAUCUGAAAUGAGAAAUAAUUAAAUACAAAAAAAAAUAAGAUAUAAACCUGAAUACCAUAUUUGA